CAUGUUACCCUCCUCGCGCUCUUUGGAGAAGUCUGCUCGCAGCAGAACUGGGCAAAUCUUCACCGUCCGUGUCACCAUAAAGGGUUAAACGGACAAUGAAGACAAUGCAUGUUGUGUAAAGUGUUUGGAUUUUGAUCCUUUUGUUUCGUCCUGAGAAUGGAGAUCGGCAAACUGAGGUCGCUCGUGCUGUUGGAGAUACAUUUGCUGCGGGUGCUCGCGCUGUCUGUGCUCGCGCUGUCUGUGCAGGGUCAUACUGGUCCAAACCACGACAAUGUGAUUGACCUUCUGGUGGCUCUGAACAUGUCCCAUCACAUCAGUGGCGUGUCCAGACUGCAGAGUCCCAGCGGCGCGGCGUACAGAAUACGUCCCAGAGCCCCUCACCUGACCCUUCCUCGAGAAUACUCCCGCUUAUUGUGCUCCGGCCUUCAGGGUAGCAUGGGGUUGCAUUUGGUGAUGCAUCAGGCACCGGGCUCCAGUGCAACCCUUUUCUCUCUCUCCUCUACAUCCUCGCCCAUUCUUCAACUCGUCUCCUCCACCCAAAAUGAGUCUCUGCGUUUAGACUACACGACCGGAGAAGGAGCUCAGAGCCUCGCCAGUCUCCACUUCCCCGGCAGAAACCCCUUCUCCAGGGAUGAGUGGGUACAGGUGGCUUUGAGUCUGGAGGCUAAGAGGCUGACAUUGUUUGUGGACUGUCAAGAAGCUGUGGUUGUAGAGAUAAAAAGUGAAGAGACACUCAGCCUAGAACUGCCUCAAGAUGUUGUUAUCACUCUUGCCAGCACCCAGGGAAGAAAGGACAGCAAAUUUAGUGGAUAUUUGAAGACGGCUGAGAUUUCGAUGAAAGCAUAUCCAAAGCGUCCAUGGCUCUGCGACGGUGUUGAAGAUGUUCAUCGCCCGUCUCAGUAUGCGGACGCUCGUAGAUCAGAUCCUCUGACUGACAGCGGCCGACUGUUCCAGCAGGAUGCAGCGGCCAGUAAAUCUCAAGCAGACUACAGGUCAGCAGACCAAACCCACCAUUAUCCCCUUGACAUGCAGAAUGACCAGCUGCAGAGAGCUGUGGUGCUGGGCCCCCCAGGAUCUCCCCAAGGGGUAAAGUCUGUUUCUCAGGCACAGAAAGAUGACAGGCUGAAGAAGCUGGAGAGGAGACUGGAGGAGCUGGCUCUUAUGCUGGACAUGGUCAAAACUCAGAAUGCGGAUCUACAGUCCCGUGUGCAGUACUUGGAGGGAUGUGAGUGUGUGAGGCACCGGUGUGUGUGGGAGGGGCGUGAAGUUGAAGACGGCCAGCAAUGGCAGAUUGACCUCAACACCGUGUGUACCUGCAAAUCAGGAGAGGUCACAUGCCAAGCUAUUAACAAAGGAUGUGAGCUGGAUGGCACCGUUCAUAAUGUGUCCUACACCACUCUGGAUGGUUGCCAGACAUGUACCUGCAAAGGGGGUAACAGGGAAUGCUCUCCCUGCCCUGCGCCAGACUGCACGCAGAAGGAGAAUGAACCUGGAGGCUGCUGCCAGCGAUGCAGAGGCUGCGUCCAUUCUGGUGAUUCCUAUGAGCACGGAGCCCAGUGGAGGCCUGCAGAGGAACCCUGUGAUGUCUGCCACUGUUUGGAGGGUCAUGUUCGCUGUGAGAGAGAGCGGUGCAACACCCCUUGUAAAAACCCAGCUGCCCCUCCACCCAAUACGUGCUGCCCAGUUUGUCAAGGGUGUGGUGUGAACGGUCACGACUUCCCCAAUGGAGCUGUGAUCCCGACUGGAGACCGUUGUCAAGAGUGUACGUGUGAGAAUGGAAAUGUGGCUUGUUCCCCCCUUUCCUGCCCCGCCUCGUCUUGUCGAAACCCAGUGCAUCGUGCUGGAGACUGUUGCCCACGAUGUGAGCAGUGUGAAUAUGAGUCAGAGGUGUAUGUGGAUGGACAGAAGUUCUCCUCCAGGACAGACCCCUGCCUGCGCUGCACCUGCUCAGCAGGUGAAGUGUCCUGUGAGCGUUUUGAAUCAUCAUGCCCCACGCCAAGAUGCAGCCAUCCAGCUAAACGCAAAGGAGAGUGUUGUAGCGCAUGUGAUGAAUGUGAGUACGACAGGAGAGUGUAUGCUGAUGGGAAAGUAUUCUCUCCUGCUGGAAGUGGACCCUGCCUGCAGUGCAGGUGUAAGGGUGGAACUGUGAUUUGCCGUGAGGAGAAGUGCCCUCCUGUCCAAUGCUCCAAUCCAAUUAUAGACCCACAACUCUGCUGUCCAAUAUGUAAAGUUUGUGUGUUGGAGGGGGUGGAAUAUGAGGAAGGCUCCAACUGGAGCCCCGAGGGUCCCUGCUCCAGAUGCACCUGUGUAAACGGAGAGACUGUGUGUGCACACACACAAUGCCCCCCUACUGAGUGCCAGCAUCCCACAAAGACCACUGGCUCCUGUUGUGCAGUGUGUGAAAGCUGCACCUACAACCACCGUAUCUAUAGCAACGGACAGAGGUUUACAACCCCUGACCAGCCCUGCCACAUCUGCACCUGUCAACAUGGCAGUGUGGAGUGUGAGAGAAGACCCUGUCCUCCUCUCAACUGCUCCAACUCGCACACACCGCCCGGAGAGUGCUGCCCCAAAUGUCCAGAUUGCUCCUUCGAAAAUCGCGUCUUUGUGGACGGAGAGGCUUUCCCCAACCCCGUGAGUGUGUGUGAGGAGUGUAAGUGUGUGAGCGGCAGGAUCGACUGUCACCAAUCCCAGUGCUCUCAUCCUCAUUGCAACGCACCACUACCUGGAACAUGCUGUCAGAACAACUGCAAUGGCUGCAGCUAUGCUGGGAAAGAGUAUCCCAACGGACAGGAGUUCCCCCAUCCCACUGACUCGUGCAGGACAUGCAGCUGCAUUAAUGGGAAUGUCCAGUGUCUAAUGAAGAGGUGUCCACUUCUACGCUGUCCCUCCCCAAAUGUGCUGCCCGGAGACUGCUGCCCCCAGUGUCAGGCUCCUCCGUCCGACUGUGUGUAUGAACAAAGACCCUACAGACACACUGAACGUUUCUACCAUCCGACUGACAGCUGUCGAUCAUGUGCCUGCACCGACGGAAGUGUUCACUGUCAACGCAAGCCCUGCCCCUUUGCCGCGUGCUCUCACCCCAUCACGCAGGAGUGCUGCAGGACCUGCGAAGGUUGCCUCUUUGAAGGUCGAGAGCGAGCUAAUGGGGAGACAUGGGACGACCCAUCCGACCCGUGUGCAGUGUGCGUUUGCCGUGAGGGCUCUGUCCAGUGUGAGAGAAAGCGCUGUCCACUCUCUAACUGUAAACACCCUGUGCAGAGACAGUGCUGCCUGUCCUGUGAUGGCUGCAUGUAUCAUGGUAAAGAAUUUCCGGACGGCACAGAGUUCGGUGACAGCAACGAUCCGUGUAGCGUGUGUUACUGUUACGGAGGGGAGGUCGUCUGCUCAAAAUUACCCUGUUAUCAAGAGUGCAGCCAUCCUUACAAACCGCCCGGACAAUGCUGUGGGGAAUGUGACCGCUGCUUCUAUAACAACGCUGUCCUUACAAAUGGACAAACGAUCCCAGACGCAGGAAACCUCUGCUCUGAAUGUACCUGCAAGAGUGGUUCAGUGCGAUGUGUGAAGAAGACGUGUCUACCAGCUCUCUGUCGUUACCCGGUCACCAACCCCUGUGGAUGCCCCGUCUGUGAAGGUUGUCAUUUCCAAGGUGUGAGUCAUGUUGACGGACAGACGCUUCCAGGAGGCGAGGGCGGAUGCCAGGACUGCACAUGCUCAAAAGGGGAAGUGGUGUGUGCCAAGCGAAGAUGCCCUGCUGUGCCGUGCCCACAUCCUGCACUGGACGGCUGCUCAUGUGGAGAGUGUGACGGAUGCAACUUUAAUGGUCGAGGGUGUUUUAACGGAGAAAGGUUUCCACACCCCUCGGACCACUGCCAGCUCUGCUCCUGUUUGAACGGUGGUGUUGUGUGUACCCACAAGUCCUGCCCCAGUGUGUCCUGUGUGCGUCCUGUGACCCCUCCUGGUGAGUGCUGCCCUGCGUGCACAGGAAUCUGUCUCCAUCAAGGGAAAGAGUAUCAGUCCGGCUCGUCCUUCUCUUCGCCCUCUGAGCCGUGCUCAUCGUGCUCCUGUCUGAACGAGGUGGUGAACUGUCAGAGGAGACCUUGUCCAGUCCAGUGCUCCAACCCGGCCCCUUCAGACACAUGCUGCCCAGUCUGUGACUCCUGUUUGUAUGAAGGUGUCAUUCACCCUCACAGUCACACCUUCACAGCCUCCAGCAACCCCUGCCAGCGCUGCACCUGUGUCAGAGGCUCCAUCACCUGUGUGCCGCUGGUCUGCCCUCCAACCCCCUGCACCCGACCCGUUACCAAGCCAGGACAGUGCUGUCCUGAUUGCGCAGAAUGCACUCUUGAUGGACAGCAGUUCAUUGACGGGCAGACGUGGACCCUGAGCUCAAACCAGUGCACCACUUGCAUUUGCCAGGCGGGUGAGGUGCAGUGUGCGUCUCCUACGUGUCCCAAGCUGUCUUGCAUGCAUCAGGUGACAGAUCCAGGAGAUUGCUGUCCUCGCUGCAGAGGUUGUGUGUAUGGAGGAGAGGAGCACAGUGAGGGCAGUAGCUGGUUUGCAGAGUCUACCCCCUGUAUGACCUGCAUGUGUGUGGAUGGGGUGACCACCUGCUCUGAAGUGCGCUGUCUGUCUCCCUGCAUGAACUUCAUUAACGUUCCCGGGGAGUGCUGCCCUGUGUGUGCUGACUGUGUAUUCGAGGGACGAGUGUACGGCCCAGGUGACAGUUUCUAUCCAGCUGGUGACCCCUGUCAGAUCUGCACUUGUGAGGUGAUGCCGGACGGCGAGCAACAUCUGAGGUGUUACCAGAAGCAGUGUCCCAGUCUGGUCGACUGUCCAAAGAGCAACAUCUUGUUUUCUGGACCGGACUCGUGCUGUCCUGUCUGUGCACAGCCUCUCAGUAACUGCACGGCUGCACUGAUUGGCAACGAGGUCUUGGCAACGGAUGACCCUUGUUUUAACUGCCAUUGCAAGGACCUGACAUGGACCUGCUUACACCAAACCUGCCUCCCACUCACCUGCCCUCGUAAUGAACAGUUCACCCCUCCAGACUCAUGCUGCCCUGUGUGUAAAGAUUGUGUGAUUGAGGGCCAGGACCGCCGCGUCGCCAACGGCAGCAGAUGGACUGACAGCGAUGACGACUGCGUCACAUGUACUUGUAACCUGGGUUAUAUCGAGUGCAGCAUCGAGGAGUGUUUACCUGCUGUUUGUCUGAAUCGCCAGAAAAAAGUGAAGAUUCCAGGGAAAUGCUGCUACGAAUGCCAAGACUCAGGGGCAUCAUGUUUGCACCAGGGGACAGUGUAUCACUCUAAUGAACGGUGGGACGUGGACGAGUGCACGAGCUGCACAUGUGUGUCUGGAGACGUACACUGUCACAGUGAACGCUGCCCCCCCCUCACCUGUGCAACAGACGAGAUGCCAGCGAUCGUCCCCGGUCUGUGUUGUCCUCACUGCCUUCCUCGUCCAGCCACCUGCAUUGCCUUCGGCGACCCUCAUUACCACACCUUCGACGGGCGCAUGCUGCACUUUCAGGGAGCGUGCACAUACGUCCUGGCGCAGGACUGCAAGGGAGGGGACUUCAGUAUUCAUGCCACUAACGAGGAUCGAGGACGUAAAGGAGUGUCCUGGACUAAAGAGGUGACUGUGUUCAUCGGAGACAUUACUGUGCAGCUGCUUCAGGACUGGGUUGUAAAGGUGAACGGUGAGGUUGUGACUUUGCCGUUCCUCAGUGAACCGUACAUCUAUGUAGAACGACAAACCAACACGAUCUUACUCAACACUAACAUCGGGCUGAAGGUGCUGUGGAGCGGCCGUUCACAUCUUGAAGUGAGUGUGCCCGGCUCCUAUAGGGGCCACACUUGUGGGCUCUGUGGAAACUUCAACAACUAUUACCAGGACGACCUUCGAAUGCCCAGCGGACGACUCAGCCUAUCAGAGGCUGACUUUGGCAACAGCUGGAGGGUCACAAACGGAAGCCACGCCCUCUCUUCGUGUCGCCCUGGCGAGAAUGUCGACCCCUGUAAAGAUGCAGGUUACCAGGCCAAGAAGAGUGCUAAUGCCCGCUGUAAGGUGCUGAAAUCGGCUGUGUUUAAGCCCUGCCACCGCGUGGUGCCACCUGAGCCCUGGUACGGAGCGUGCGUAUACGACCUGUGUGCCUGUGGGGCAAAUACAGAUGAGUGUCUGUGUGACACGCUGGAGGCCUACGCCAGUCAGUGCAGAGAGGCCGGAGUCGUCCUGCAGUGGAGGAGCCCAUCACUAUGUGCUGUGGGCUGUCCGGUGGAGAGGGGCUUUGUGUUUGAUGAGUGCGGACCACUGUGUCCUGUAACCUGCUUUAACGUCAACGUACCUCUGGGGGUGAUAGAGAGCCACUGCUUCAAGCCCUGUGUACCAGGCUGCCAGUGUCCUGCAGGUCUGGUUCUACAUGACAACCACUGCAUCCAGCCAGAGAAGUGCCCCAAGAUCAUUCAUGAUAAACCCUCAUAGAGCUUUCAUUGCUCCAAUGAACACUUACCUGCACACAGACACACACACACACACUCACACACACACAUACACUGAUAAUCCACUGCAGGACUGCGUACGUCCCCUGUUACUGUAUUCCAAGUCUGAAAAGUAAACAUUUCUCAACAGAUGAACCUCUGUGACCUGUGGAUUUAACAUAUGACUGAAGUGAAAUAUUGCAUUUGACUGUUUUUUUAUCAACAUUUGUAUUCUAUGUAGCACUGAAUAUUUAUAUUACGCAGGGAUUCGUUAUCAGAAUAGGUUUGUUUUCUGUGUGUUUUACACAUAUAGGAGAUAUUGUCCACAGACCACAUUAUUUGAACAGUAUUGUGUAUUAUCAAAACGUUGUUUUACUGUACAGGUCUAUUACAGCACUGUGUGAUGUCUGACUGUAACUAAAGUAAGCCACUCUCAGGUUCUCUUUGUUUUCCAUGUUCAUAUACAAAUAAAACUUUUCACAAAUACGUGUGGUGUUUCA